AUGGAAUCAUCCUCCAUCAGCCUCUUCGCCCGAGCCGGCACCACCGCCGUCCUCGGCACCCCCCUUCCACCGCCCUACACCACGCCCUCCCUGACGGCAAACCUGGUCCUGCGCGUGACGCUCUCGCUCCUCGCAAACAUAGUCUGCCUCGUCCCGCUGCGCGUCCUCCACCGCAACGGCGAAUUCGCCGCCGCCGUCUUCAUCGCCAACGUCGAGCUGCUCAACCUUGAGACGACGCUCAACUCGCUUCUCUGGCGCAACGACCACGUCGCCCGGUGGUGGGCCGGCUGGGGCUUCUGCGACGCCGUCAUCCACUUCCACAACGCCGCCACCGCCCUCUACAUCACCUGUCUCCUCGCCAUCAUGCGCAAUCUUGCCCAACAGGUCGGCUUGAUGCGCGCGAACCCCUUGACGGGCAGCGAGCGGAUGAGGCGGAACCUUGUGCAGGCCCUCAUCAUGUUUCCCCUGCCCGUCGUCCAGGUGGCUUGGACACGGGCCGCUGCCGCUCGCAGGUACGAGGUCGGCACGCUCGUCGGCUGCACCUGGUCCUCGCACUCGUCGUGGCCGAACCUUGCGUUUUUCAUCUUGCCUCCGGCUGUCGUUGCUAUCAUCACGUCGGGAUUCGCCGUCCUCACUUACAUCCGCUUCCGCCAAAUCGCCAAGACAACCGAGUCUGCCCUCUCGAGCAGCCGGCGCGCAAACCGACGAAGCCAGCGCACCAAGCGCCGGCUCUACAUGAUGGUCAUGUCCAUUGUUGUGCCCUACCUGCCCGUCGUCAUCGGCCUGGCCAUCGCCAACGUGCUGGAGAAGCCCGGGCGGGACCCGUGGGACUACAACGCCAUCCACCACGGCGCCUCGCCGCUGCCCUGGAGCACCGUCGCCUUGUAUCCCUCGACCGAGAUCAACUGGGCGUCCAUGAAUAACUGCUACAUCAGCGUCCUCACCGCAAUUCCCGUCUUUCUCUUCUUCGGCACCACGAAGGAUGCUGUCAACGAGUACCGCAUUGCUGCCCUCUUCCUCGGCUUGGACCGCUUGUUCCCUCGCCUCAGGAAUGAGUACGAUCCCUCCAGGACGCCUCGACCCGGCGGCUCGCUCGGUUCGAGUCAGACGGCUACCUUUUCCGACUCUCCGUCAUCAAUGGGGAAAACCGAGUCCUCCGGCUCCGCCCGCCAUCUCAACGGGAUCGAGCACACUUUGACCACCGGAUCUCAAAACCCUCACGUUCAAGCCAUUGACUUCGCCACAUUGGCCGACCCGGAGCGCGGGCAGACCCACGACCAACCGCCAGCACCCUCAUGCUCGGCCGAGGACCGGACAUACAAGACCUCAGCCGCGGAUCUUGGCCGUCACCGCAACCCGUUCCCCUUCCGGACCCGUCUCAACUUUCCCAUUCCGCUCAGGUUUCCCUUCUUGGCCCGCCGAGCCAGCACUCAGCCCAUGUCAGAGCCAAACGUGCCCCUCGGGCCUCUUCGACCCGCCUCCUCCCUGCCGCAAUGGAACGACCCCGCCGGCAGCAUGGCUCAAGUUGCCGGUUCUCUCUGGCCAGACGACGAGGCCCGUCUGUUCAACACGUCGCCCGUCGGCAAUAACAGGGAUAUGCCCCAGAUGAGCGGCAGGAGCUAG